AUGCAAAAAGGUACAAUGGUCGCAUCGAUCAAAACAUUUAAAUUUUAUAGAUCUGAACCGGGGAGAAAUUGUAGUGGCUUGUGCAUUUUUUUACCGUUAAUUUGCAGAGUUACUUGUGAGAUGGAAGAUGGCACUAAGGAAAUUCAAAAUUUAGUGAUGGUCGAACGACUUCACCACAAGAAAGGCUGCAGAAAUAAAGGAUUUAUUUCUGUUACUUAUUUGCAACCAUUAAGCUCGUCCGGAAUGCCCAAAACAAAAGUUGGUCGAAAGAUUCAAUCAGCUUUUGAUAUUCCACGUGAAAUUCUACAAUGCAAAUGGUUUGCUGGACGUAUAAAUCCAGUAGAAGCAGGAAUCUGGUUAAGAAAUGAUCUUCAAUCAUCUUUCGGAAGUUAUAUCGUUUGUCAACCCUCCGAGAUUAUUCCUCAUAAUUCAGGAUGGCCCGAAUUUAUUUUAGUUGUAAAAUGCCUUACUGGGUCAGAAGAUGAGUUUUAUCGAGAAUGGGAAGAAGAUCAGAAACAUAACGUAAAGUAUUCGUUUUCAAUGGCAUACCCUACGAGCAUGGGAUCUUUCUAUUUGUUCGAUUUUAAAGAAGAAACUUUUUAUACUAUCUAUCAGUUAUUAAAUUAUUAUACAGAGCAAAAGUUAACAGUAGAUUUGAAUGUGCCACUGGCUUUAAGAUAUCCAGUAGAGUUUCAAGAAAAUCCAGUUCUUGGCCCUAAACCGCUUAGUUUUCCACACCAAUCAAAAGCUUAUAAAACACCUAAACAAAGUACUGGACUAAUUAUAGUGCCAGAUGAUAAGGAUUUAAAAUACGACAUUAGUGUUACAAGUGAAAUCUUAACAAAACGUUCAGCUUUUGCUGGAAAAACUUCUCGAGCCGUAUUAAGUGCAAAUGGUCACUAUUGCGAGGCUGCGUUUAAACAGCUCAAAAGUUCAUACUUAAAGGAAGAACUUUUUGAAAAAUGCCUGAAUGCUUUGUAUAUCCAUCGAAGACUCAGCAAUAUGAAUCUUGCAUGCGAUGAACAAAGAAAUGACUACUUCAUUCAAGGUGAAGAAUACUUGUGCAAAAUUGCUGGUUACAAUAUUCAUGACAAAGUCUAUGGUCCUUGGGUGGCGUAUGAAUUCAUUUGCGGGCAUCCGCUAGAUAUGGCGUUGAUAAUGCGCAUCGAAGAUGGCUUACCACCUUUAACAAUUCGCGCAAACCUUGAGAUUAUGUAUCAAAUAUCGGCAGGCAUGAGAUAUUUAGAAGAUAAUGAUUUAUGUCACCGAAAUCUUCGAGCAGCCAAUGUUCUCGUUUAUGUACAACAUCAAAAUUCUAUGGCUAUUAAACUUACCGAUUACAUGCUACCUCUUUCAUCAAGGGAAAUUGAUCUAAGUUUGCUGCAUUGGAGAUGGAUGGAUCCAGAAGCACUGGAAUAUCAAAAUUUUGAUAUCAAAACUGAUAUUUGGUCAUUUGGUUGUGUAAUGUUUGAAAUUUUAAAUCCUGGAAAAUUACCGUAUUCACUUGAGACUGUAUCAAUUGAAAAUCCAGAAAAGUAUUUUUUGUCUAAAUAUAAUUUGAUUUUUUAUUUUUCGUAUUGUCUACUUCAAAAACUCCAAGCACACGAAUUUAUGCAUCUUAAUUGA